AUGAAGCAGUUUCUAGUGUUAAGUGCCUUAGUGUUAGCUCUGGCCAGUGCAAGACCGGAAGGUUAUAGUUACUACACCCCGCAUGAUUCCGGUUCCGGUCAUUCCGCUACUUCGAGUGCUAGUGUUCAAUUUACCUCUGGUACGAGUGCGUCCGGUACUAGUGCUGUGGAUGAUUGUGUAGAGCCUGAGCACGAGCAGCUGACUCCGUUCCAGCACGGUCAAGUGCACUUCUUCGCCCCGCACGCCUCCGCUCAUUCCGAAUCUUCGUCAUACCUGAGCGCAUCCUCUGGACAUCACGAGCACCAAUCGACGCUUCCACAAUCUUCGUCCUACCUGAGCACGGCUUCUGGACAUCAUGAGCACCCGUCGUCGUCGCUUCCAGUGCUCUCGCAUGCAUCUCUGUCUGGAGGAACGUCCGAUUCCAGCCACUACCACUACCAACACCAGGAGCAGCAACAGCAACACCAUCAGACGGUCCAACACCACGUAGAACCGCAGGUCGAGUACUUCACCAAUGUGCACAAGCAUCAGAAUCAACAUUCUCACCAACAGCAGCAUCACCAUACCCACCACGAAGCCUCCGUACACUACGUGCAACAGCCCGUGGUGAAGGAAGAAGUCCACAAGCAUGUCUACGUGCACGUUGCUCCGGAAGAGAAGGAAGAAAUUCAUCAAAAAGUGAUUCUUCCAACCUACACCAGACAGAAGCACUACAAGAUCAUCUUCAUCAAGGCUCCGUCUCCACCGACCGUCAGCAAGGUGGUUCUACCGCAGCAACCCGUCAACGAGGAGAAAACACUUGUCUACGUGCUCCACAAGAAACCCGAACUAGAGCAGGAAAUUGUUGUACCGCCACCAGCAACUUCAAAGCCCAGCAAACCGGAAGUGUACUUUAUCAAGUACAAAACCAAGAAGCAGGAACACCAACACUCGUACCAUCACGAGGAGCAGCACUCGUCUAGCUCGUUCGGCGGAAGCAGUUCUACCGGCACUAGCGGCGGUUACGAAGUGGCCGAUCUUUCCGGAUUUGGAGGAUUUGCGCCGAUUGUCGUUACGGAAGGAUCGUACCACAGCACGACACCAGCUCCGGUGAAAGUGACCACCGUUCAUUCCGUGUCAUCCUCAUCUUCGGUUGCUCCCUCAUCGUCCUACGUCAGCAGCACGGCCAGCAGCCAUCACGGCCAUAAGGGCCAAAGCAUCAAAGUAACCAACAUUGGACUGUCCGGAUAUUCUACCGGUGGAUCGGGUAGUGUCUCCAGCUCUGGCUCCAAUACUAGCAGCCGCCAGCGUGGUUCUAAAAAGUCUUGCGGAAAGUGCACCAAGACCAACAGUGCUCCUGUGUCCGUUGGAGGUACUCUGGAUGCAUUCGUGUCCAACGUGUUCUAG